GGAAUACCCAGAUCCCCCAACCGCGCUCAAUGAUGACAUCCUAGGUUCUCCAUCCCGAGACGCGUCCACCCAACCCUCGUCUUCUCUCGAGCGUCUCCUGGAGAAUCCAUUCGAGGACGCGCCAGUGGCGACACAGAUCGCGGACAGCACCCCGCCAACGCAGAUCGUCGAGCAGACCCAGAUGGACAGCCAGACAGGCGACUACGCCUCCCUCGCGCGUGGUCAAGCGUCCAUCAUACGCGGCCACGACUACUUCAACGAGAACAGUCAGAUGGUCUUCCCCUCUGUCCAGUCCGAGUUGCGCUCGACGGACCGGUCGCGGUCUGUCCUCCCCCGCGGCAUGCUCGGCAUGAUUGCACCCGAGAAGCGCUACCGCUACCUCGCGUCUGGCGCGACGGGUCCUUCAGAGUCUCGGGGUACCGCAACGACGGCGGACCUGGACGUCGGCGGAGGGAAUGGGACGCAGCCCUCGGACGCGCCCUCGAGCGACGGCGCGCGCACCCAGGAGACGCAGCUCACCGAACAGCAGGACGACUUGGAGGAGACGCAGCCGUCCGACGUCGCGGUCAACGGGAGCCUCACGUCGCUGUUCGCCCGCCGCCGCUUGCCUCCUGCGAACCACGGCCUGAAGGCCGGACAGUCCCCGCGCAUGACGGCCAAGGCUCCCGAGCCUGCCGACGAGUCUGCCGAGCCGGACGAGACAGGGCCCACAGAGAUCGUGUCGCAGACUCCGGACAAGACGGGCCCGACGCAGGUCGUCUCUCCGUCUCCGGACAAGGAACAGGAAAAGGGAAGGGCGGGUCAGACGCAGGUCGCCUCGCCUUCUCCAGACACGACGGGCCCGACGGAGAUCGCCACGCAGUCGCUCGACAAGUCGAGCCCGGCGAAGUUCGUGCCGGACUCGGACCCGCCUGACCCGCCUCUGCGGGCCCCAGCUGGGUCGCGCAAGAGGCCUGGUUCUGCGUCGUCGGCCGCGACGUACCAUUCGCCUGAGGUGGACACCCGGUCGAGGAGGUACUUGCAGUCGGAGGAUGAGGUGCUGCGGACGAUCGUUACGGCGGAACCGUCCGUACCGCCUGUCGAAGAAGAGGAAGAGGAGACAGAGGAGGAAGAAGAAAUACCUUUGGCGAAAGCAUUCUCGUCGACGAAGGCGAAGGGCAAGCAAAGAGCUGCCGAGCGCGAAAGCAAGGCCCCUCCCGCACGCUCUCCCGCCGCCACUAGAGGGCGGGGAGGUAUAGGACCGCAAUCGCCCGUGAGGACUGCCAUCACCCGUAACAACAACCAAGGCAGCUCCUGGAAGGGCGCCGUCGUCCCGUCGUCCGAUCCUGGGGAGCGUCGCGAGGAGGCCGCGCCCAAAGCGGCCGCGUCAAAGUCGUCGAAGCCCCGCACACCGGUCGACCAGAUCCCGCCUCCUCCGCCGAAGUCGCGCUCGACGCGAGCUGCGAAGACCGCCGCGCAGGGCCGUCUCGCCGAGAGCUCGGACGAAGAAGAUCAGGAUGAGGAUACGUCCUCGCUGACCGACGAGACCGUGCCCGCGGACGACGACGAGAUGGACGUCGACCCGCCCGAGACGAAGGCGAAGCCCGCGCGUGGCAACAAGCGCAAGCGCACCGUCUCCGGCUCUGCGCGGAAAACAUCGACCCUCGCGCGGCCGAACGGCCGGCCGGUCGUCAAAGCGGAGUCCUUGACGCCGCUGGGGCGCCCCGCGAAGCGCAUCAAGACCGAGGGCGGCAGCGACUCACCCACGCGCGUCUUCGCACUGUGGAAGGGCACCGCGCAGUACUACUCCGGCGUCGUGCACGAGUCCUUGGGGGUGGGCACCGGGCGAUUCAUGGUCAAGUUCGACGACAACGAUAGCGCGGAGCUCGAGCUCAGGCACCUGCGCGCGUGCCGGCUCAAGGUGGGCGACCACGUCCUGUGCAAGCAGAAGGACAAGGCGGUGGUCGUGGCGUGCUCGCCCUGCCCAGAGAGCGGGUACCUCCCAAAGGACACGGUCACCCUAGAGCUCAAGGACGACGGCCGAGAGGAGGCGGAGGUGCAGAGCCUGCAGAUCCCAAUCAGGAGCGUGAACGCGGAGUGGGACGACCGCAAGCUGACGGAGGACGCGGUCGUGCCCGUGGUGCGGCGGAAGGUGAGCCCGACGCCAAGCAGGCGGUCCGCGUCAGCUUCCACUCAGAGUGAGGCGCAGCGCCGGAAGGCGCUGGCGGGGAUCGGGCUCGUCGUGUCGCUCGCGCCGGGGAAGGAGGCGCAAGAGGUGCGGGCGGGGCUCGUGGCGGACAUCAAGAAGUGCGGGGGCGUCGUGCUCGACGACUGGACGUGCAUCUUCGGGAUGGAGGGCACGCUGGAGCAGAAGGGGCUGCGGUGGGUGCUCAAGCAGGGGGAUAUCAGGUGGAGGGAGAAGGCGGGGCAGGGGAUCGACAAGGUGUUCCUCAUCUCCGACGACUUUCACCAGAAGCCGAAGUAUCUCGUCGCGCUGGCGCUGGGGAUACCGUGCUUGUCGGUGGAGUGGUUGAGGGCUUAUGUGGAGACGGAGGCGCAGUGGCGUCCGUAUCUGCUGCCCGCUGGGUACUCGGAGCAGCUCGAGGCCCGGGUGUCACAAAUGGUCGACAUUGACUGGGGCACCAGCGACCACCAUCUGACGGACGUCGCCGCCAACAAGGUUGCUUCCAAGGUCUUCGCCGAGACGUCCAUCCUCUGCAUUUCUUCUGACUACGUUCCUGCGAAGAAGGCAAAGAAGAGCGGAGAUGCCGCCAAGGACGCUGCUGAGUCGGUACCACGCAUCACCUUAUGCAUGGGUGCUGCGACUGUUGAGUCUGUCGCCGAUGCCAAGCAUGCCUCCCGUGACCCCAAAUUAUACGACUACGUCGUUGUCCCCGAUCAAAACCUCAGCAAGUUUGCCAAGUACAAGAACGCCGUUGACGUGAAUUGGGUCAAGGACUGUCUCAUCUCCGGAAGGCUUCUUCCUAUGCCCAGUUAGAUUGCCCCAUCAUCGCUAUACCUUACAGCAGAUCUCCCGUACGUAUCUUAUUAUCGCGCGUCGUCGUUAUGAUCGCUAUGCCACAUUCUUGCUUGCAUCCAGCUACUUAAUGGCUAUCGUAGUUCCCGGACAUUAUC